AUGGACGCCAUCUUGAAUUGUGGACUUAUGCAAGAGUGCCCUGAUGGUCAAUACGGAAAAGCUUGUGGAAAAUCGUGUGCGGACCGGAAAUGUCUGGAUAGCUCCAGUUCCUGUGAUCACGUGACUGGAGAGUGUGACAGCGGCUGUCAACGAGGAUAUCAGUCUGUUGAUUGUACCGAGCUUUGUUCUGUUGGAACAUAUGGCUACAACUGCAACGCGUCAUGUGAUGAUCGACACUGCAGUGGUAAUCAAGACUGUGACAGAUUUUUUGGUAACUGUACUCAGGGCUGUGUGAGUGGCUGGGAAUUGACAGACUGCGCAGUUGAAUGUUUUGAUGGCACGUACGGUCCUGAGUGUAAAUCCAACUGUAGUGAAAGACACUGCAAAGGAGACAUCAAGUCAUGUGAUACACAAACUGGAACGUGUCUUAAUGGUUGUCAGUCAGGAUGGAAGAGUACAAGUUGUACCGUAGCAUGUGACACUGGUACAUAUGGCCCAGACUGUCGGUUACCAUGCUCACAGAGACAUUGUCAGGACGAAGCUGCCAGUUGUGACCAUGUUACUGGUUCCUGUGGAGGUCCAUGCAAGGGUGACUGGAAGGACAUAGACUGUACAGCCCAAGCUGUCACUUCCAACUGUGAUUCCACCACCAUUGCCCUUUCCGUUGUGGCAGGUGUUCUGUUUGUAUUGUUGGUCAUAGUGACGAGUCUUUUCAUCUGGCACCUCAAAGGUCAUAGAGUGAAGUCGGACUCGUAUCAGCAAGAGAUGAGAAAAAUAAACACGAACCCACCCAGCCAACCUACAGACCCCAGCGCUGUAGAAUAUGAAAUCGUCGAUAGACAAGAUGGCGGCCACAACAGUCCCAGAGCUUUCAGUUCUCAACAAGUCGACACGCCCCGUUCAGCCAAUUAUGGCAAUUCUCCGACGUCACGUGAUCAAAUUGAUGCCCAGCCGAGACAUUCUGACAGUGGGGGUGGCUAUGUUAAUACAGGACAAACGAAUGAAUACGAAAAGCUUGAUUUAUCCAACCCACCGCAGAAUGACUAUGACAGGAUAACUGGUGUCUAGACAACUGGGAAUGAAAACCCUGUUCAUAAGCUCGAGAUUACCGAGUAAUACGACAACAUUUAUUACAUUAGCAGAAGGGGCUGUAGGAUAUUUUGUGUUUAGG